AUGUGUUUCGAAAGCGAGCGAAGCUUGCGAUGGAGUUCACCGUCAGUAAAGAACAUUGCCGACAUUGCAUCCGUCUCAUACCGGGCCUACAAAGGCUGCCGAAAACGAGAAGACGGGCUGAGCCGCAUGCACAUGAAGCCAUGGCCUGCUGGAGCAAAUGUCACUCGAGCAAAUGCUACUGAUGCGCCACGACCUACAGCAGACGAAGAGAGGAAGUCUAUACAAGUAAACGUAGUGGAUCACUUGUUUCUGGCGCAACUCGACUCUUCGGGAAUGGAUCCAGAAACUCUUGCGUUACUUGAGAUCAGAGGCAUGGUGCAGGACACAACGACGCGGGACAAAGAGAACAAAGAGGAACUGGGCAAACUGGGCAGGCGGGCAGAGGCGUUGUGUUCGCACCGGCCUUUCGCGAUAAGGCGGCUUGAUGCGACUCUACCAGACGACUUGCCACAGCUCGCGAUGCGUGCCAAUCAAGCCCACCAUGGCGUCAAGGUACAGCGUGGCGCGGGCCGUCUGGCUGGGCGUGAGACGUCUAGCGCCUGUCAAUACGGUGUAAUUCUCGAUGCUGGCUCUUCGGGGACCCGUGUGUACAUAUACAAAUGGAAAGAUCCCGCCAAGGCCCUGAAGAAGGCCUCUGCCUCCGAAGCUCACAUAUUACCAAAGCUGAAACUCCAUAAGAGCAAGAAGAUUCACCCGGGAGUUUCUACCUUUGCCGAAAAUGUCGCCUCCGUCGGUCCCGAUCACCUGAAAGCACUCAUCGACACAGCCCUCAACGAGAUACCGGCGUCGCAAGUCUCCGAGACGCCCAUCUUCCUCCUCGCAACUGCCGGUGUUCGAUUCCUACCAAAGCACCAGCAGACAUCGCUGCUGGGCGGCAUCUGCACAUACCUCAAGGCCAACACGCAAUUCCAGCUUCCCGACUGUGCGAGCAACAUUCAAGUUAUCUCGGGCGAAACAGAGGGCCUGUAUGGGUGGAUCGCUGCCAAUUACCUGCUUGGAGGCUUCGACAAACCCGACGAACAUGCACAUGGCAAGGGCCACCACACCUAUGGCUUUUUGGAUAUGGGCGGCGCAUCCGCGCAAAUUGCCUUUGCGCCGAACUCAACAGAGGCCGAAAAGCACUCCAAUGAUCUCAAGCUGGUUCGACUGCGGCGACUAGAUGGCUCUCCCGCUGAAUACAAAGUGUUUACAGCUUCCUGGCUAGGCUUUGGUGCUAACAAAGCACGAGAAAGAUUUGUUGAGAGCCUACAGGAGCAGUACGGCAGUGCAAAGGGCGAUAUUCCAGAUCCAUGUCUACCAAAGGGCUUGCGGACCACACUCUUAGGCAAGCCUCUUUCUGGUAAGGCGGUAGACGAUGCACUUGUUGGCACCGGCAUGUUUGAGGAGUGUCUGCGCAAAACGUACCCGCUGCUCGGCAAAGAUGCUCCAUGCGACGACGAACCUUGUUUACUAAACGGUCAACAUGUGCCUGCGAUCGACUUUGAUGUAAAUCAUUUCAUUGGCGUUUCCGAGUACUGGCAUACGACACAUGGCGUCUUUGGCCAAGAGAGUAAAGUCUACGAUUUGAUUGCAUACGAGCAAGAGGUCAAUAAUUUCUGCAGCCAGGAUUGGUCGGUCAUCGAAAACGGGCUUGACAAGCGAAAAAAGACUUUGGAGGAAAAGGCCGAGAACGCCCGAGAGGCCUGUUUCAAGGCGUCUUGGCUGAUCAAUGUGCUGUACGAAGGAAUUGGCAUUCCCCGCAUUAGCUUAGGAGAUGCUCCCAGCCACAAAGUCAAUGCAACCAAGGCGCUGGAAAAAGCUAGAGACAAGGGAUUCCUAGACCCCUUUCAGCCAAUUGAUACUAUUGGCGGUGUCGAAGUUAGCUGGACCUUGGGCAAAAUGGUUCUCUACGCCGCUGGACAAAUUCCUCCCAAGGAGUCGCCGCUUCCUGUUGGGUUCGGAAGCAAUACAGGAUCAGAAAUUCCUGCUGAUUUUGAAUUUGCAGGGUCCAAGCCACUUUUCUCAGGUAUAGGCGACGACCAUGACGACGACGACGACGAUAUCCUUACAGGUCGAUCCAAGCCAUUCUCCAGCUUAUUGGUGGUGAUACUGAUUCUGUUCCUUAUUGGUUAUCUCCUAAGGAAAACCGAAUUGGGGUCCAGGGUGUUUAACAAGUUUUGGCGUUACCGCAAGACCAGAAGCUCGUCGUUUGUGAGAAGACUCUUUGGCAGAAACUCUACGCCAUAUGAAAGGAUACUGGAAGAAGGCGAUGUGGCAGAGUUUGAGCUUGGCGGCACAGAGUCUGAUGAAACCGAUGGCUCGGAUGGCGGUGAUGUGUCAAGAUCUGUAAGGGGUUCUCGCUUGGCUGGACCGAGAUUGAAUUUCGAGCGGUAUGACGACGUCCGGCCGCCGUCGGCAAUGGAUAGGCAUGGCCUCGUUGUGCGAACGGAGAGCUGCGAACGACUUGCCCCUUCGCUUCAGAUGCUAAAUGCUGGCCGUCGCAGUAGAACUGGCAGUCCGACCCGGUUGAAGAAUUCGAUGAUACCCCAAGAGAGUUAG